AUGACCUUUGGCAACUUCGCACAGACACCGCCAGGCAUAGCGUCUGCGAGCGCGAGUGGGCUGCAUGUUGGUUCCAUGCUCGACGUAGUACCGAACCAGAUUCUUGGUAACGGACUUAUCACUGAGCCCACUACACCCAAAUUUGAACAAAACACCGCCUUCAUGCACGAUUGCACGCAGUCCCAGACCAACGGGAGCCUCGAAAUUGAUGGGGCUUCGCCAAUCACUCGACUAUCAAAUCUCAUGGCCGAUAUUUACCGGACGUUGGCUAUUCUCACGGGCAGCUCGCAUGCCACUAAAUAUCCCAGCUUCAACUUUUGCGAAUAUCCUAUUGGAUUCAAUGGAUCCACCAACAAAAAUGUUGGCCAUGAGUUGUUACUCCUCCCUGCGCCGUCUGUACUAACGACACUCCCUGCCUUUACCAGCAAACUUCUGUCGCAUAAUGCAGCUGGGGUAAAGACGCUGCAGCUCGGUGAGCUGCCUCUUACGGAUGAGGUGUGCAGUAGGAUCGGUACAGCGGUGAAACUGAUGCUGGAUGCUCUCCGCUCCGCGGAGGAUAUGCUCGGCCUUUCAGAUUAUGCGAGCACUACGCGAAGAUGCCGGAAAGCGGAUCCAUGCGGGUGCCCGUUCUCAGCAGGACCUACAGAGAGGGGUCAAGAUGUAACGCCAUUGGCAUAUGAGGAGCUUUCAGAGGCAUUUAAAGACAAUGCCAUGAUGGGAUAUGAGGGUGCGCACAUGGAUAAUUUGGCAAGCAAAGUCGAGUCUGUUAAGACAAUGUUAAAGAAUAGAAUAGACCUCCGGAUCUGA